AUGGCGUCACAGUUGGAGGCUCCCGCUGAAGACAGCGAGGGGGCCAUCUUGGAUCGCCAAUUAAACGGCCUCGAAGGAGAGGAGGCGAGGAGCAAGAAUGUAUUUGCGUAUGCGACAUUCGAGGAUAAGGCCAUUCUUUCAUUCAGUUCCAUUUGCGCGAUUAUUGCUGGCGCCCUGAAUCCUCUGGUUCCCGUCAUCUACGGUCUCCUUGUCGGUGUGUUCAAUGGCUUCGCCGCAGGCACCGUUACCGCCGCCGAGCUGCGGUCCAAAAUCUCAACCUUCAGUCUCUACUACGUCUAUCUCAGCCUAGCUCUAUUUGUCCUCACAUAUGUAUCCACCGUUGGAUUCUACUACUCUGGAGAGCGCAUCGCUCGAGCGCUGAGAACUGCAUACCUCUCGGCAAUCAUGCGCCAGAAUAUGGCCUUCUUUGACCUGCUCGGCCCAGGCGAGAUAACAAAUCGCAUCAUGUCGGACAUGGGCACGGUCCAGGAAGCCAUUACAAGCAAGGUAUCAGUGACCGUGAGCGCCGUGGCCCAAUUUUGCGCCGCAUUCGUCAUCAUCUUUAUCCUGUACUGGAAGACGGCACUCAUUAUCAGCCCCUUCUUUGUCACCAUGACUGCGGUGGGAAGCGUUGGUGGCGCAUACGCCAUCAAGCAUCACAGGAGGGCCAUGGAAAUUUACGGCCAGGCUUCCGGGAUCGCCGAGGAGGCUAUUGGUGCCGUAAGGCAUGUCACUGCCUUUGGAAUUCAACCACUACUCUCACGGCGGUAUCUCUCCAUGUUGGAUGAGGCAGCCAAGGCAGAUGCCAAAGGCGAGAACAUCGUGUCGGCCAUUAUUGCUUGGUCAAACGCCAUGCCAUGUCUCAUCUACGCACUUGCUUUCUGGGGCGGCGCCAAAUUCCUAGUCAAGGGAGAGGUCUCCGUCUCUGAACUUACGGCCACAACGCUGACGGUGGUUAUCGGGGCCUUCGCAAUCGCUAGGAUCGCCCCUUCAGCUCAGGCGCUGACGUCGGGCAUCGCAAUCGCCGGUGCCGUUCUGAAGACGAUCGCGAGACGGUCGCCCCAGGACCCGUUGCUGGCGACGGGAGAAGAGCCGGAGGCGGUGGUUGGAGACAUCCGGUUGGAGGGUGUCGGGCUAGUGUAUCCGUCCAGAAGCCAUGUCAAGGUAUUGAAGGACGUAACUCUGUCAUGUCCUGCAAUGAAGAAGACGGCCAUCGUGGGUCCAUCUGGAAGUGGAAAGAGUAGUCUCGUGGGAUUGAUUGAAAGAUUUUACGAACCGACGAGUGGCCGAGUCUUGCUCGACGGUCGAGAUAUACAAGGUUUGAACCUUCGCUGGUUGCGGCGUCAGAUCUCCCUCGUGGAUCAAAACCCGGUCCUCUUUAAUGCCUCAAUAUUGGAGAAUAUUCAGUACGGAUCCCCCGAGGCUUUGAGUCAGUCGUCCAGAGCCAGAACCCAAGUCCCCGAGCAAGUUAUUGAGGCUGCCAAGAAAGCGAAUGCUCACGACUUCAUCACGAUGCUCCCUGACGGUUACGACACUCAGGUGGGGGAAAAGGGUCUCCAGCUCUCCGGAGGCCAGCGACAGAGAAUCGCCAUCGCUCGCGCAUUAGUCAAGGACCCGAAGAUCCUCCUCCUCGACGAAGCAACCUCUGCAUUGGAAUCAAAAUCUGAAGCAUUGAUACAAGCGGCUCUAGAUGCCGCGGCUGAGCAUCGUACAACUCUGGUAAUCGCACAUCGACUGUCGACUAUCCGCAACGCUGACAACAUUAUUGUGCUUUCUGAAGGCCAAGUUGUUGAACAAGGAAAACACGAGGAUCUCAUCGCCAGGGACGGGUUGUAUGCUGCCUUGGUUCGGAAGCAGCAGAUUGAAGAGACGAAAGGAAAAGAGAUUGCCGAGGAACGCACCUUCAUAGACGAGGCGGAGAAGGACUCGCCAAGUGUGUCGAUCAGUCAUAUGGAUGAGAAGAUACAGGCAGACGAACAUGUCCACCACUCGACCACAAUGGUGCCUGCGGAAAAGGCUGGGGAAACCCUAGGUCGGCCUAGCGCAAGGCAAGUGCUAGCUUUCAUCGGGCGCAAUAGCAAGGUUGACUGGAAAGUACUGCUCCUUGGGCUUCUCUGUUCUAUCCUUGCCGGAUUGGGCAUUCCAGUGCAGUCGGUAUUUUUCGCCAAACUCUUAACCGCUCUCGGUCUGCCACCUCCUCAAUAUGCCGAUCUUAAGAGCGAGGUCGCCUUUUGGUCCGGUCUAUACGUCGCUAUAGCGGCCACCACGUUCCUCUUCUGGAUGGGUGUUGGGAUAACCUUAUCAUACGCGACUCAGAAACUCACACGCCGAGUUCGCGAGGCCUGUUUCAAGUCUAUUAUGACGCAGGACAUAGCCUUCUUCGAUGAGGCGGGUAAUGCGCCUAGCGCACUGUCAAGUGUCCUCUCCAAGAGCACGAACGACCUUGCCGGCAUCGGCGGACCUGUUCUUGGUGGUAUACUCACCUUCUUUUCGACAAUCGUUGCCAGCAUCAUUCUGUCGCUAGCUAUUGGAUGGAAGCUGGCGCUUGUAUGUACUGCUACUAUACCAGUCGUGGUGGCCUGUGGCUGGCUUCGGCUGCAGAUGCUGUCGGCAUUCGACGCCAAGAUCCGACAGAGCGGACUCGAUUCGGCGGCAUAUUCCGGAGAACUUGUCCGGUCAAUCCGAACAGUCGCCUCCCUCGGACUUGAAGAAUUCGCUCUGGAACGGUACGACGGCUUCUUAGCACAGCAAGCAGCCAAGUCUCUCCGCUCGAUACUCUCCGCCUCUAGUCUCUACGCCGCGUCGCAGUCUCUCGUCUAUCUCUGCUCGGCGUUGGCCUUUUGGUAUGGUGGAACGCUCAUCGCAAACGAGGAGUACACCGUUUUCCAAUUCUACAUUUGUUUUGUUAGUCUCAUAUCAGGGGCGCAGAUCGCCGGGUCUAUAUUUACUUUCACGCCCGAUGCGAGCAAAGCCAUACAUGCAACCGGGGAUCUACAGCGCAUCCUAAACGCGAACCCGAGCAUCAACAAGACAUCAUGGAGUAGGCCUGCUGCCGCGCAAGAGGAGAAAGAAAAGGCAGGUCAGGAGGACAGCCGCGCUUGUCAAGUUCAGUUCGAGAGCGUGUCAUUCAGCUAUCCUUCUCGGCCCAAUCGGCGUGCUCUCGAUAAUUUUAACGUUCUAAUCAAGCCCGGCCAAACCCUCGCCCUCGUCGGUCAUAGCGGAAGCGGGAAAAGCACGUGUAUAUCCCUGCUAGAGCGUUUUUACGAUCCGGAUCACGGACGGAUUCUUGUUGAUGGGCGGGAUGUCCGGAACAAUGACGUGGACAAAUAUCGUCGGACCAUCGCGCUUGUCAGCCAAGAAACGUUCGUGUUUUCGGGUACAUUAAGGGAGAAUGUGGCCAUCGGACGGGCAGGGGAGGAUGUGAGCGAUGAUGAUACCCUUGCAGCGUGCCGGCAGGCUAACAUUCUGGAAUUUAUCGAGUCUCUACCGGAAGGUCUUUCCACCCUCGUAGGGACGGGCGGCUGCAUGCUCAGUGGCGGGCAGAAGCAGCGCAUUGCCAUCGCGCGUGCCUUUCUCCGAAAACCCAAGAUGCUGCUGCUCGAUGAGGCCACCUCGGCACUAGACACCGAGUCCGAAUCCGCUGUUCAAGCGGCCCUGGAUGCCGUCAGGAAGGGCCGGACCACCAUCGUAGUAGCGCACCAGCUUCGCACGGUGGUGAACGCCGAUGUUAUUUGCGUGCUGCAGGAUGGAGCGCUGCAGGAAAUGGGGAACCAUGAAGAGUUGAUGGAGAGGCGAGGGAAGUAUUGGGAAAUGGUUGGGAUGCAGAGUUUACACUAA